CGACAGGGCACACGGGGACACCUUUUGUUUACAUUCAAUGCGUUGAAAAUACGCAGAUGUUUUGAAUAAAAGCUGUUGGGCAUAUAUGUACCAGGAAGAUUGAUAGGAUGAGUUUAAAUGAUUCCUGGAAUUAUCUGUUGUCUCUUGGUGUACAACACUGUAACUGGAAUGAUUCCAUUUUUGCGGAGGGAAUGCAUGUGUGCCAGCCCCUUCGAAAGGUGCCAUGUAUUGACCUGGACAAUGAAGAAUUUUUACACAACAAAGUUGGAGUGAUCAAGUGCAGUGCCCCAAGAUGUAACAAGAUGUUCGACACUGUGGCUGAACAUGCGGCUCACCAGCGCGCCUGCCACAACUAUGUCUGUUCCUUAUGUAAACAAUCCUUUCCGUCUCAUCAUCUACUAGACCUUCAUCUUCUUGAAGUGCAUGACUCACUAUUUCAGCUCAUGGCAGAAAGACGGCCAAUGUACCAGUGUCUCCUUGAAACAUGUCCAGAGAAGUUUUCUAAUACUCUUGAGAGAAAGGGCCAUUGCAUAAGACUGCAUAAAUUUCCUGCAGAUUUCCGCUAUGAUUUGAACUGGAGGAAGUUAGGAAAAGAGAAGAAAAACAGAAAUGGCACAAAACCUAAUCAAAAUGAAACAUCUGCAUCAAUGGAAUGUGAGGAAGUGAUCAACAACAUGUCAGAUGACAAUAGCAACCAAAGUGUCCCAGAGACUAUGUUCACAGAAGAUGUUACAUGCUCAGAAGGUCAUACUCAGAUUCUGCAAAGAUCAAAGCAGAAGGUUCCACGUCAGAUCUCAUUUGGUGCCGGAGUUCCACGUGGCUUUCACAGGGGCAGACAUGGCAGAGGGGGCACCCCUCACUGGCACCAGAGGGGAAGGCCACAGGGUGCAACUAAAACAAACAUUGAGGAAGUGAACAUGAAAGAGUUGGAAAAUUCUUUGUUGCUUGAAGGAUGAAGUGAAUGGCAAGGGCAGAGGUGAAGGUGGUGGUGCAGCUCUGAAAGCGUGGUAGAUUUUCUAUAUCUUUUUACAUAGCCUGUAAAAAAUUAAAUUAGGUAUCCAGAUGACUGAAUAAAAUGCAUAAUAAUGUUCAGGUAAAAAGUAAUACUUUGAUAUAACUUUUAUCUGUUAAAUAUAUAUGUGUGUAUAUAUAUUUUUUACUUUCUUCUUUGUCUUAUCAUCAGUAUCAGCAGCAGCAUUAUUUUUUCUUUAUUUAUUUAUCCUUUUUUCUUCUUAUUUUUAACCCAUUGCUGACGGGCAUGACAUGUAUGUACAUGCUAUGUUCACUGUGAGUUUACUUGUUUAAUUGUUUUAACACGUACAUGGCUACACUUGUACUAAGUCACCAAUGAGUCAAUUACGAGUACUGCCUGUCUCACCCGUUUACCCUUUUCUUUGAUUUACAAAAAUAUUUUACAUUAUCUUACUUUGUUGUUACUAAUGCUUAUAACAUUAUAGUAAUAAUAAUGUUUAUAAUUAAAAUAACACCAUCAAUAUUCAUAGCACAAGUAAAAAAUACGUUUUUCCUGCCAAUUCAAGGAAAGGUGAAAUCAGGUAAGGUCACAAGGUCUACUAAUUGACUCCUUUGAGGCUAAGCACUAACAGAGCCAUCUAUGUGUAGAGACAUUUCACAAAAAAUAUAAAAAAUGAGCACAGCAUUUU